AUGAAUCAGCUUGUUCCAUAUUGUCGAAGAUUCGAUCAAAAUGAAGCACCGGAUGACUUAUCAAAUAUUUCACAGAGUAAUAUAAACAAUAUCAUUACAUUUGAAGAAUUGUAUGAACAAGGUGUAACAAGUGCUCAAUUACUUGACUGGUCAGCACCAGUUAAUGUCGCUGAAAAAUAUGAAAUAAAUGGUGUAAAUUCAACAGAGGUUUUUUAUAAUUGUUCGUCACCUUGGUUUGGUUCAAAAUGUCAAUACAGAUUCUAUAACAAUAUCGGAGCAUCUUUUCAUGAUAUUGUUCGACUAGAAUUUUCUACUCGCUCUUCUAAUAUGAUAAAGCUGGAAUAUCUCAACGCUACAUGUUAUUCUUUUCUAAAUAAUUGUAUUAGUAAUGCACCAAUAACGUGUCUUGACUGGCGCAUGAUUUGUGAUGGAAAAUUUGAUUGUAUCAAUGGAAAGGAUGAAGAAAAUUGUCAAAUGUUGGAAAUGAGUGAAUGUCCUCAUGAUACAUAUCGAUGUCAUUUCGGUGGACAGUGUAUUCCAUUGGAAUUUGUACGGGAUGGACCUAAUACCGCUGAUUGUCUUGACGGCACUGAUGAGAUGCAGUUGAAUGAGGAAAGUACUUAUCGUUUCAGUAGCAACUGCUUUAGGAUACCAAUGUUUCGAUGCGAAGAACAUACUGGACUAUACCAACGCUCUUUUCCAUGCGGUGAUGGCCAAUACUUUCUCACUGAUAUUAUACAAACCCCAUUCUUCUGCAACAACCUUCGACAUUGGUUAGAACAUAAGCAUCGACUACUAGUUUGGAGCCCAAUUGUAUUCGACAUUCCAGACGAAAUAUUCGAAUCAACAUUGGCCUCCAGUGUGUCGUAUCUACAGCCAAUACUUAAUCAAUCAGGCUCCAUAUAUAGUAUGAUGUCAUGUGCAGCUACAAACAAAAAAUGUUUAUCGAAAUGGAUUUUUAAAACUAAAUUUUUCUUUACUUUUUGGAAGUUCCACUUUGUUUAUUUAUCUCAUCGAUUAGUGGAAGACUUCAUUGCUCAGCAACAUCCUGAUUUUAUUUGUUUCUAUGUUCAAGACUGUCCAACAUUCACCAAUUGUGUCAUAGAUAUAGGAUUAGAUGAUGGACUAGUUUGUUGUCCUUCCUCGAAAUUAAUGGAUACAUCAUUUACUGACACGAGCAAUCUAUUUGACGCUAUUAACAAUCUAUUUUUCCGCUGCUCCACAACAGGUGUAGAGCACUCAUGCUCACACCCAUCACUUUUUCAUUGUCCACUUUCAUUAAAAUGCAUUUCCAAACAUCGUCUACUUGACGGUAUAUCCGACUGCUACUUUGGUGAAGAUGAAGCGUUUCAUGCGUGUCAUCUGAACCAUUCACGACGAUUUAUUUGUGAAUCAGAACCAGACAAAUGUUUAUCGCCAAUAUUAUUGCAGAACGGAAACAAAGAUUGUAAAGGUGGUGAAGAUGAAAUGACUAACAGUCAACGUGAUAUGUUAAAAGGAAUCGUUCCAUUUAGUCUGAUAUGUAAUCGCAAUAAUGAUCCAUUUUUAUCAGAAUUUAAUGAUACUGAUGAAACGAACUGCGAGUAUUGGCCAUGCAAUAAUAUUUAUACUCAAUGUAAUCAUGUUAAAGAUUGUGCUGAUGGUGCUGAUGAAUUAAACUGUCCCAUUAUAAAAUGCGAAUCACAUGAUGAUGGAGUACGUAAUACACUGUUGUCCGACAAAAUUUGUUAUUCGAUAAUGAUUUUAAUGGAAGAAUAUUUAAAUUGUGAUAUUCUUUACACAGAAUAUGCAACGUCUUUUAAUACUACAAUCAACAACAAUAAGACAACAAUUCCCUCAAGCGCCAAUUCAUGUCUACAUACAAGUGAAAUAUGUACCAUACCUAAUCAUCUAUAUGGUAGUUUUGGACUAUUGUUCAUUGGACCGAGCGGGUUUUUCUCUUCAACAGGAGAGAAAUACUGGCUGUUACAAAUUGAAAAACAUAUUUGCCCUAUUAUAAGAGAACCUUUCAAAAGAUUUGAAAUCACAGAAUGGACUUUUAAAUCGUCGCAAUUGGGAUAUUUUCCACCAAAACUAACUAUCGAAUCUAAACGAAAUAGUUCUAUGAUUAAGAAAGAACCAAUAAUCAAUGUACAAUCUGACCAUAUAACAAUGUGGUAUUGUAAUCGAGGAAUUCGCAUUCUUUUUAAUGAUCAAAAUACACAGAAAUGUUUGUGUCCACCAAGUUAUUUUGGCAGUCAAUGUCAAUGGCAAAAUCAACGAAUAAGUUUAACACUACAGUUAGUUUAUCGUACUGAUACUUACAUUAUGACAGCUUUUCAAGUGGUUGUCAUGCUUAUUGAUGAACGAAGUCAAAGCGUAUCAUAUCAUGAACAAAUCACAUUCGUACCAAAACGCGAUUGUGGCACAAAAUAUAAUAUUUAUUUACUUUAUCCAAAUCAGCCAAAAGAUUCUUCUACUAAUUAUUCGAUACAUAUUGAUUUGCUUGAUAAAAUGACAUUAAGCUACAUAGGAAGUUGGCAUCUUUCUAUUCCAUUUCAAUUUCUACCAGUUAAUCGAAUAGUGGCUCAACUAUUUAUUCCAAACUCAAAAAUAAUUUCGAAAUCAUGUUCUUUAUUUUGUAGCGAACAUGGCCGAUGUGUACCAUACAUGAAUGGAAACUUCUCGUACUUCUGUCAAUGUGACGAGGGAUAUUCGGGUUUGCAAUGUAACAUUCAACACAAUUGUUCUUGUUCACUGGAUUCAUAUUGUCUUAGAUCGUCAAUUUGUGUUUGUCCACUACACAAAUUCGGUCUAAUGUGUUAUUUAAAAAAUUCAAUUUGUCAAAUUCCUAAGAAUCCUUGUCAAAAUAAUGGAAUCUGCAUACCUCAUGAUGAUCGUAUGGGUUUGAAUACUUUUACAUGUUUGUGUACAGAGAAUUUCUUCGGAAUAAAAUGUGAAAAUUUCAAAAAUCAAAUUGAUAUUACAUUUAAUGAUGAAAAUAUCGGUAUGAUGUCAAUUAUUUGGGUACAUUUUAUUACUUCAAUUGAAAAUGGUGGCCAUCAGCGUAAUACAUUAUUAAAAAAGAUAAAAUUUGCACAGAAUCUAAUUAGUGUUUUUACGACCGAUCCAUUUCAUGCUGUUUUUAUUGAAUUAACUAACCGAACCUAUUAUUUAGCUGUAUUAAGGGAAAGAUUUAUCGAGUCGGAAUAUAUUCCAACGAAAAUCUUACCGAAUUAUCGAUGUUCAUCUAUACACGAAUUAAUGAAUAAUACGUUUUCAAAUUAUUAUUUGCUUCGUCGUAUUAAGUAUUAUCCUUAUUUAUGUCAACAAAAAGAACAAAUGAAGUGUUUCUAUGAUGAAAAAUACAUGUGUAUAUGUGAUAUUAAUCGAUUUGCCAAUUGUUUUACAUUCAAUCACACUAUAUCACAUGAUUGUCAAGGAGAAAAUAUUUGCAAAAAUGAUGGCCUAUGCUUUCAAGAUACUCUUAAAUGUCCUCUUACAUCGAUUUGUGUGUGUCCGGCAUGUUAUUAUGGUACAAAAUGUCAGUUUUCUACAAAAGGUUUUGCAUUAUCCCUUGAUUAUAUUCUCAGUUAUAAUAUUAAACCAAAUGUUUCAAUUCACCGACAGCCAUUCAUUAUUAAAAUAAGUAUUGCCAUUGUAGUAGUUAUGUUUAUUGUAGGACUGUUCAAUGGAAUCUCAUCUAUCAUAACAUUCCAAAGUAAAGCAAUAAGAAAAAACGGUUGUAGUAUCUAUCUCCUUGUUUCAUCAUGGAAUUCCUUGUGUUUAAUUAUUGUAUUAAUAAUUAAAUUUUGGCAAUUACUUUUAUCACAAAUUUCAAUUAUUAGCAAUCGAUUAUUCCUUACAUGGAAUUGUAUAUUAUUAGAUAUGACCCUCAAAGUUCUUUUAGCAUCAAAUGAUUGGUUUUAUGCUUGUAUUGCACUUGAACGAGUAUUUACCGUUAUCCAAGGUGUUAGUUUCAAUAAACUUAGAAGCAAGAAGGUAGCUAAAUGGAUUUUUCCAUGCAUAUAUUUGAUAACAAUUCUUACUCAUAUUCAAGAUCCUCUUCAUCGUCGUUUAAUUGAUGAUAUUGACGUUGAUGAACAACGAACUUGGUGUAUAGCUCAAUAUUCUUCUGCAUUAAAUAUUUUCAAUAUGUUCAUUACACUUUUUCAUUUUGUUGUUCCUUUCUCGGUGAAUAUAAUUUCUACCAUAUUAACAAUUAAGCACAUAGCUAUCUCUCGUUGGCAAACUCAAAAUACAAUACCAUUCGGUGUACAUCUACGACGAUAUUUUAAUCACCACAGACAUCAUCUAUUCGCAUCAUGUGCGUUAAUAUUAUUGGCUUUACCUCGUCUCAUUAUAUCAUUUAUCAGUGGAUGUAUGAAAUCGCCAAGAAACCCAUGGUUAUAUCUUUUCGGUUAUUUUAUUUCUUUUACUCCAUCCAUGGUUACAUUUAUAGUAUAUAUAUUACCAUCAGAGCAAUACAAAAAAGAAUUUACGGCAGCUAUUCAACAUAUUAUUCAACGUAUUCGCACAUGCUUUGGCAUAAGAAAUCAUUAG